AUGGGUGUACCAAGAGUGGUUAAUGUCAAAAAGAACGGCUCACUUCGCCAGAAAUCAGGUCUUCUGGGAAAGAAUUUUGCAGAGGACCUUGGUAAUGCAUUGUGCCUGGCGAGCCAAGACAUAAACGCAGAUACAAGUCGCAUUGGCCCAGACCUAAUUCAGCUCUGGGAAGGUCUCAUUUCCGACUAUACAUAUCGCGAAUUGACGAAAUCGAGUGAUCGGUUACCCGCCUUAUCCGGUAUCGCGAAAUGGCUGCACGAUCUUCAUCGCCAGCUGGCGUGGUUCUCAUGCACCACCCAGAAUCCAAGGCCGCGAUAUAGAGCUCCAAGUUGGUCGUGGGCAUCAAUUGACGGCUGCAUAAUUUGGACGAAGCAGCCUGGAAUACUCACUCCUCAUUCAGAGAUUAUCGACAUCUCGACCACUCGUGGCGGCAGUGGUCCCACAGGACCAGUCAUUGGUGGUCACAUCCUGAUUAAAGGUAGUCUGGGUCGCGUACAGGUUAUCGAUCAUAAGACGGGUCCGAUUCUCUGCAGAGAAGACGAGAUAAAGGAGACUUAUGGAGGUCCUGUUACUUUCCGCGGAUUUGAUGUCAGCGGCUUGCAGUUUGGCCUGUACUACGUACUGCUCCUUGGCACAUGCACAACCGAUCCCGAUAAGAUACACUCUUCACUCUUAGAGGACGACUAUCCUUUGGCUACAUAUUUGGUUCUUAGACCUGUGAUUGGACAGCAUGGGACUUUUGAGCGAUGUGGGCUUGUCAGCGAGUGUUACACUGAAGACGAUGAACAUCGAACACUCACGGGCAGAGGGCCACAGAGCAGGCAAGAUAUACCCUGCGAAGAGGUGAUAAUGAGUGCAGUAAGGAUUAACUACUGA